UCCAAGUAUGUCCGCUGUGUAGCUGAUCAGUUUUAACUUUGAUGUGGAAAAAAGUGUAAUAAGGUUUUGAUUUUUUAGACGCAGAUUUCUAAAUCAACACAAUAUCUUUUUUUUGCUUUCUUUUCCUCUUGCGUUUCGAUGUGGUAAAAUACAUUAAUGUUACCUGCUCAAUUUUAAAUAGUGAAAGUCAGUUUUCUGCGAAACAGGAUUAAACGUGCUGUGAGUGCUUGAAAGGAUGCGGAGCAGCUCCUCCAACUCUCUGGCCCAUGUGAGGGGCCUGGGCUCGGUGCGACUCGGCAGCAGCCCGCUGCUGUCCCAGGGCUCGGCUCAGGCGCUCAGCCUGCUGGAGACUGCCGCCGAGCAGCUGAUGGUGCAGCGGGAUUUUCGAGCAGCGCUGGAUUCAUGCGAGAGAGGUUUGGACAGCAUGGGGAGUGUCCCUGAGCAGGAGGACACAUCAAGCAAUUUCAGAUGCAGUGAAGUAAAGGUGGCACUUUGCACCAUUGGAGUCCAGGCUCUUGCAGAGCUCAACCAAUGGAGAGGAGUCCUCCCCUGGAUCCUGCAGUACUACGGAACUCCAGAGAAAAUACCUGCAAAAAUAAUGCAAAUGUGCAUCCUUCUCUACACUAAGGUGGAUGAACCAGCUGUGGUCUUGCAAGCUGGUGGUGAUUGGUUGAGGAGCCCAGCCAACCAAAGCCUUCCUGGGUAUGGUGCUGUAGCAGAACUUUAUCUCCUGCACAUCCUAGUCCCCUUGGGCAGGCUGGGUGAGGCACAGGCCUUGGCAGAAAGCAGCACAGCCUUCAGCGAGGAGCAGAGGCAGGUGGCAGUGGACAUCAUUGAACACAAGCGAAGUUCCAGCCAGCCACAGAGCCCUAGUCAGGCCCAGGAGUUGGAACAUAAGAUAUGCAGAAGUGCUGUUUCUCAGAGGUUGGAUUCCACGGUGAGGUUAUUGUACAGAGCCCUCUUUUUGGUCAGGAAAAGAUUCCGUGCUUUUCCCUUCCAGAAGACUGUGCUUGCUGCAGUUUUAUUGUACCUGCUUUUAAUAAGAGUGGACCCAGCUGUUCCUUCUGCCUUUCCCUGGAUCUCCAAUCUUCUCCAGAUAUUCCGACAGAUGUGGGAUACUAUGUUUGCACCCUAUUACAGAGCUGCUGUCACAGACUAAGCAACAAUCCAGCAUUUUUUCAAAACUUGGCCGACUUUCAUUGCAGACUCUGAAGAACUACAGGUGGUCUCCUUGAGUAAAUACCAUAUAUUAUUUAUUUAUUAUUAUUUUUAAUCAGGCCCAGAUUUUGCAAGAAGACCCGGAGAGAAGAGAAAUAAAUAAAACUGGACUGUCCUAAGAUAUACUGUGCUGCUGUGCAGGAGAUUUCAAAUGAAGGCCAAUCCUCAGAGCCAACAUACCUUUGAAACAUGGAUGCUGCUGUAAAGUGUUUUUCAUUUUAUUUUCUGUAAUCUGAGCUGUAAGGAUGUCUUUACAUACAGGAUAUACAGUUCCUUCUAGGUUUGCUCAUAUCCCUGAUACAGUAGGAACACAAAACAUCAUAGAAAGAAUUUAUGUAUUGGAUAAUAUGUCUCACUUAAAAUGAAUCUGAAAAUGUUAUGUUUUAAUCUAAAUAGCAUUGGACAGAGUAAAGUCAUAUGUCAUGAUUGGUUUAAAUCCAGAAAACAUAAAGGUAAUUGGUAUUUUGUAAAUCCCAAUCUUGUAUAGAUUACACUAUAUGCCUCUUAUAAUCUGCUAUGAAGUUCUAGUGCUUUUAAAGGGAGAAUUGUAACCAUUCCUCCAGCCAGGAUUGCUCUAGUUCCUUCAGACCCUGGGCCAGUAAAGAACAUUUAUUUUGUGUGUAGCUAACCACGUCAUUGUCCAUUGGAAUGCAUGCUGAGGAUCACUGUCAUGCUGGAUUGUGCAUGGUUUCCCAAGCUUGAGCUUUUUUGCACAGGGAAUUGGGUAUUUGGUAUUUGGGUAUUAUGGUUCUCCCUUAACCAAUGAAUAUAAGCAUAAGCUUCACAUUUUUUAGCCAAACAACACUGAUAAGCAUGUCGAAAAGAUCAAUUUACGUAUGUUUGUAUGUUUUGUCUUAUUAUAAGACAUGGUUCCAGUUGUCCAUCAGAUGUAGUCAUUCAGUCACAGCUAAAUGCACUAUUGGAGGCUUCUCUAUAUAUCUGCACUUCCCAAAGCAAAAAGUAAAGAUUUGUUUUCAUUGAACUUUAUUUAAAAGAGUACUUAGAGGUGUGAAAAAAUGUGUUUGUGUUUCCAAUUGUGUUUUCUGAAAUUCAGUUAAUUAUUUCGGACAAAUAUUUAAUUCUAACUUUGCUAUGUGCAAUGCUUUAUUAUGAUUAUAACAUUUUUAGAAUUUUUUAAAGAAGUUACAUUAUCCAGGCCAUAUCUCAUUCUGUUAUAAGAGGUUUUUGUAUGAUUACUGUAAAUCUAGAGGACAUUGUAAAUAUUACAUACAAAAACCAAAAAUCCACUAAAACAAUUAGACUACAGUGUACUUCGGAAUCAUUGGCACACCUUGAUAAAUAUGAAGAAAAAAAGUAUAAAACAAUGAGUUCAUUAAGCACUGAAAUAUAUUUCUAACAUAAGUAAUUAUGCUGAAUUAAUGAUUAAAUGAAAUCAACCAAGACAAAAACUAUUAUAAAUUAUUUUCUCCAAAAUAAAAGAAACAUAUUUUAUUACAAUUAUUACUGUUUUUAGUACUUGGUGGACCCUCCCUUGGGAAGGAUGAUGGCAGUAAGUUUUUUUAUAUAAUGCUUUAUCCGAUUGGUGAACACACUGUGAGGAAUUCUAGACUAUUCCUCCAUGCCGAACCUUUCCAGGUGCUUGAGGUUUGUAGGUGUGCGCUUAUAGACAGCCCUCUUCAGCUCAGACCACAGGUUUUCAAUAGGGUGCAAGUCUGGCGACUGAGUUGGCAAAGCGUUGAUUUUCUUUUCUGUCAACAAUUUCUUUGUUGAUUUUAAAGUAUGUUUUGGAUCAUGGUCAUGUUGAAAGAUCCAUCUUCGGCCAAGAUGCAGCUAAGAGGCAAUCAGGAUUAUGGCCAAAAUAUUCUGCUACUUUUGAGAAUUCAUGAUGCCAUCGAUCUUAACAAGGGCCCCAGGACCACUGGCAGCAAAGCAGCCCCAGAGCAUCAAAGAUCCCCCACCAAAUUUUAAAGUAGGUAUGAUGCUCAUUUCAGUAUAUGCAUCCCUCUUCUUACGCCAAACAUGACUGUGGCCAAAAAGUUCAAUUUUGAUCUGACCACAGCAUCCACUCCCAGUCGAUAUUGGUAUUUUGAAGGGUUUACUUUUUUAAAAUUAUUUGCUUUUUGAAGAUCAGCAAUGGUUUGCCUAAUUUCUGUUGUUAGUUUUUUCAGCUUCCCCAUGCUUACAGAUGUCAAAAGGUUUUCCUGUGUGCGUUUCGUCAUUUUUAUACCCUAGGGAAACAGGAAGUAACUAAGCUACACACAUUAGUUCCUUAAGACAAAAUUGAACUCAUACAAGUAUUAAUGUAUUAUUUUUUUCAAAUGUGUUUGAUUGUAUUUG